AUGACACUUCAAGACCAAGUGGUUUCCUUCAUCGGCAAACUCAGUGGCUUCUCCCGGGCAGAAGCCAUUGCCCAAGCUCGAGAUGCAGGAGCCUCCGUGACGUCCACAGUCACCAAGCGCACCACAAUCCUCGUAGCCGCCGACGAGCACACCAAAGCACCAAACGGCGUCGAAGUGUGGAGCGAGGCGACGUUUGUGGCCCAAUUGGGCCAAGCCAAAGGCGACCCAGAAGUGGAACCUCCAGCUGCAAUGUCAACUUCAAAGCCAAAACGAGGCAAAAAGGGAGCUAAAGUGAAGGAUGAUGCAAUCAAGGAUGAAGGUGUUACCAAGGCUUCCCCAAAGGGAAAAGCGAAAGACGACGUCGUUACGCCCGUCAAGAGUAAAAAACGAGCGAAAAAGGGCGACCCCAUGGCCCCUCCAUCCCCCAAGAAGCCCAAAACCGAGGAGGUCAAGGCCGAACGCGUCGGUGCGCGGAAACCCGAUCGGCACUUGUCCAGCCGCGAACAGUUUGCCAUCGUGGACGACUACCUGACCGACCUCAUGCAAUCCAACUUGGGUGCGAACAACAACAAGUUUUACAUCAUCCAGCUGCUGCAAUCGCUGAGCGAUCAAACAUACUACGUGUUUACGCGAUGGGGGCGGCUGGGUGAGGCUGGCCAGCAAAAACUGGCACCGUGUGGUCACGACUUGGAUAAAGCCAUCAAGCAAUUCGAGACUAAAUUUGCAGACAAGACGCGAAACCAAUGGGGUGAUCGGCGUGAAUUCGUCAAGCACGCCAACAAGUACCAAUUGGUGGAGCUGGACACGAGUGAAACGGGUGACGGGGGCGCGGGGGACGCUGCCAUGGGCAAGUUGUCGGCAUCUCAAAUUCAAAAAGGCCAAGUGGUGCUCGAGUCCCUCAAAGCAGCAAUCACCUCGCGAACGUCCGCACGAGCCAUCGAGCAGCUCUCUGGCGAGUAUUAUUCGCUCAUCCCGACGUUAGCCGGUCGAAAUCGCCCGCCCCCACUCAGCACCAAGUCGAUGGUGGAGGAGAAGGAAGCACUGUUGGACUUCUGGCUCCGCAUGGGUUUUGACGACAUGGAAGAGCAAACUGGACUGGCGCCCAUUGAAGGCAUCAUGGACUUGCCGUUGCCGUCGACGCUUUUAGCGGC